GAAGAAAGCACAGCAGUAGCAGCUUCGCACUGUUUCCACCUGAGACCUCAGGCUUAGUAGACCUUGAGCCAGACCUGGACCCAGAGUGGCCUGGAGUAGAUCCAGGAACAAAAGAAUUAUCAUUUCACACAACUUAUAAAUUUGUGGAUUGUUUGUUUUUUCAGUUUUUUUUAAUCUGUGUUCAGCUGUGCCUUGUCAGGUGUAGUGGGAGGAGGUGCUAAAGCAGAGCAUUAUGGCCAUCUAAAAACAGCGCUGCUUCCUCCUGUUAACUUCAGCCUGCUAAGCCUCUUAGCCUAACGAAGUGUCAAUCAAACGUUAACAUGCAUGUGUAGCUUCCUGUCUGAGAACACAUCCUCAGACACAAGAAAAUGUGCACACCAGGAACAUUGUAACACAGAUCCAUUGUUUGGCCAACAGAACACCAUCCAUAUUAACAAUAGAUCAUAAAACAUUAUCAUCAUUUAUGUAGCUCAUCAGGUUUAAUCAGUACAAAAAGUCUUACCUGUUGAACCCUGCAAUCGUUAAAUCAAAUGUUGUGUCAUCACUAAAUCUGCGGCGCCUUCUGUAUUACAGUCCCAAUUCUCUGUAUUUUUAUUUUCAUCAUAUUUUCUUAAUACUGUUUUAUCAGCAAACCUUUUUCUACAAGAUAAUAUGCAGUGUGUUUAAAAUGACAAUUAAUGCCAAUUGUACACAUUUGCAAACAGAAGGAUGUGAGAUUGAGUUUUUCAUUUGUUAUUUCUGGUUUGUUUUGCUUUUAGUUUCAUAUUGUCUUGGUAAAUCCCUGUUUUACAUCAUUUUCCCUGAAAUCAGGCUGCACUCUCAGUAUUUCUUCCCAUCGAUUAACCGUCAGGAUGUUGCACUUGAUAGUGAGACGGUUACUUAAAAUGGCCUCUUCAUAACAAUGUUAUUUUUUAUGUUCAGUAAAUGAUUUAAGAUGACAGAAUAUGACUGUUGUUUCUCAGCAUGCUGUGAUGAAUAACGAUUUUGUUAGCAUUGAAACAUAAACACUUGCAAAGAUGGACGUGUUUCAGAGGAGUCUCAUUCCGAAUUUGAUGGAGUUACAGAUAUUUGUGGUUCUGCAGAUAUCCUGGGGAUUUUCUGGAGAAUGACACAUAUAAAUAGUUUGUGCUAUUCUUUAGUAGAGACAUGUCUUACUUGGUACAUUUUUUACUUUUUUGUGACAGUUGUAAUAACAUGUUACCUCCCAGAUUUAGAUUUUACAUAAAAAAAACCUGAUGAUUUUUAUCAUAAUAAAUAAAAUAACAACACAAGGAUGACGAGAACACUGGAAUCACAGCUGCCUUUUAUUAGCAGCUGACUGUUUAUUAGCAGGUUUUUCUUGCAGUUUUAUUGAUCUUGUGGCAGCCAUCAUGUAUCCCACUAAGGUUUUGUGCAUGUGCACAUGACUGCUCUAACUUACUCUAAAAUGUUUUCAUGUUAGCACUUCUCCUUUGGCUCUUAUUUCUUCAGUAUUCACACUAUGGUGGACCUGUAGCUGUGAUUCCAGCACUUAUUCCACUGAGGUUUUGCACACUACUACUCUAACUUAUUAAGCCGGUGGUUCUUAAUGGUUCUCAGUGGUUCUCAGUGGUUCUCAGUGGUUCAAGCUUGCAGCACUCUACAAAACCUGUGUUUGGGCCCUAGUGACUUUUCAGGUGUCUAUGACGUGUUAGCAGAUUCACAUGAGAGGCAUUUUUCAUCUAAACUGCUCAAAUGGUUUUUAAGUAACAGUUCAAACAUAACAUUUCACAAAAAAGCAAAGGUUAGAGAAACCUCCAACAACUUAAAUACAAAUUACCCACCCAGCUGUAGGUAAAGUAGCAAAAUUAGCUCCAGCUUUACCAGCUGACAACAGUAAGGUGCUACUUACACACUGACACAUGAACAAUCUUGCAACUACUUUUACAUGGAACUUUAAGGACCUUUUGCUGAUAAUACUGUACUUUAAUCUAGGCAGGAUUUUGAAUGCAGAACAUUUAUUAUUAAUAAACAAUUUUUAGAUAGUUAUACUUUUGCUUAGCUUACCACAUUAACUUUUCUCAGCUUGUAAAUGCACUGUUCUCAACUUUGGUUGCACAUUAAUAAAGGAAGUAAGUAAUGGAGGUGGAAGGGCCGGUCCUCAUUUGCAGAAGUGAAACAGGGCAUAAAACUUCAGAGUUAUACUGAAGUUCACAGUGUGCCAUACGUGUUUGAGACUGACAGCCAGAAGAAGCAAGAAGAGACAUCGAAGAAGAGGACGGUCAGUCUGUGCCAUGCUUGCUGAAGGUUUUCUCAGACAGUUGCUUUACAGGGAGGAGAGGACGUUUGCUUCCAAACAACACAAAACGCAGGCACACAGUCAUGUUACGGAUUCGUUCAAGUGUGUCGCCCCUGACUCUACAGACCGACAGACAGAUUCAGCUGAAGCGGGUCCAAACCAGGAAGCGCUAGACUUUGCCCAAGCUCAGGGUCUGCAAGUGAUGCCUCAACCUCCUGUAGGCCUUUCGAUUCCUGGGUGUUCGCCUGCCCUCACCCAGUGCCCUGAUUUUACAGUUUGCUUAGACGACUGUAGCCUCCUGGAACAGUACCCAGACCUGCAGGUGGCUGACUCAGGCCGUAUCUCACAAAACCCUUUGAGACCCACCAUGGGCCUGCAUGGUUUACACACUCCUGCCUCUGAUGUGUACCAUCAUCCAGAAUGGGCAGUCCACAAGGAGCCACAAGGUGACCCUGUGUCAUCCAUACCAGACCAGGGAUAUCUGGUUAUGGGGGACAGUGUGAACAUCAGCCUGGAUCUGCCCGGAUCAGGCUUGGAGCCCAUGUCUAACUCGGUGCUGAAUGGACUUCUGGAGAAACAGCUGGAGGAGGUGUACAUGCAGCACCUGACUGACAACUUGGCUCGAUGCAACUCCGACCUAGGGAACAGCCUCCUGCAUGGCCUGGUGCCACCGCCGCAGCCCAACAGACAGACACAGGGGCCAGACUCUCUGGAGGCCAAUCUGGAGGAAGGAUCAGCAGGUGACAGCAACAAGAAGAUUAGUUAUCUGAGCACCCAGAACUUAGUUCCCUGCUCAUCCAACUUCAGCUCCCCUGUGCUGAGGAUUUCAGAGGCUGACAAUCCUCACCUGCAGUGACAGUCAUGUGUACAUUCUCAGUUUGACUUUAUUGCUUCUGUAAUUCAUUCUCAGGUUUACAGAUAGACACUGCUGCAAACUGGAAAUAAGUGCAUUUCAUUAUAACAGCACAAGCUUUUAUUUUUGUUUAUCUACUGUUUAUCUACAUGUCUUUGUUUACUGGCUCAAACGUACCUGCUUUCACGCGCCACCUGCUGUUAGAAUUUAGUACUACAUCACAUUGAACUUACCUGUUAACCAUUAGAUGUAUAUUAAUGUAUUUUACUGACAAUAUAAGUGGGUGCAUGUCAGCUUAUACUGCACACUGAUGAAACCUUGUAAUGGAAAUAGACAUUGUAUGUAUUCUGUUAAAUAACCUCUCUGAUAAAAUGUGAAAGUAGUUAAUUAAGUAAAGUAAAGGAAUGAUUUAAUUAUCACAGAGCUUAUUUUAGAUUCCAGUCAGUUACUUUUUAUGAUUGUGUUUUAGAGUCCAUUUGGAUUAAAUUCUGGUGUUUUGAUUUACUUACUUAGUACUUACUAAGAGUAAGGAAUUUACUCCUUUUAAGUCAGUCCCCAAAUGAAUUAAGACAAGCAGGAGCAAUGCAAUACAGUAACAGCAUAGUAACACUGGGCUUUUGUUGAGAUGAUCAGAAGGUAAUUUUAGGGUAUUUUUUAGAAUGUACUUUCUUUUGCUGCUGGAAUUCAGAGCCUUUCUGUUAUGUCAUGUGUAAUGUGUAAAAUUACUACAAAUUGGACUUUCAAAAUUUAUAUUUGGAAUCACAUUUUGUGCAAAAAUGAUUCUCAAGAUUCUGUGCGAUAUACUACAUAGUGACAGACAGCCUUCAUGUGGCCCAUCAAAGAAAAACUUUGAGGCAAACUAAUAUAUUCAGGAUGUUACGUUAUACUGUACAUGGCAGAGAAAAUAAUUCCAUUUGUCCUCCUUAUAAUAAUAUCAAAAUGUAAGAGUGGGACACUUUUAACACACACUGGCUGACAAAUAUAACAGCUGACCUAAAGACUGAAUGUUUUCUUAUGCUGUUUAGUCUGUUUAACACCAAUAAAUACAAUUAACCUA